CAGCAGAUGGGGGGACGUCCUGUAGCAAGCAGGCCGAUUCGGACCUGGCCCAUACUGGCAUCACACAGCCCACUCCUCUUCCUCUCACAAACACUCGCGACGUCUGGCUCCCCUGCCGACCCACACCAAAAGCCAACGGGGCCGAGCGAAGACGACGCUGCGUGCCAGCGGGCGAUCGGAGAUGGCGUGCUACGCCGCCCUCCUGCACCAGCCGCUCGCCUCCUCGCUCUCCCUGUGCUCCUCCUCACGUCGCCCCGGCGCCGGAGCCCCGCGCCUCCAGCGCGCAACCCGUUCUAUCUCUUCCGCUCCCGCCCGCGUCCUGGCCCGCGCCAGGAUCUCCCCGCGCUGCUCCUACUCUGUCGGCGCUGUGGAGCCGCCCGCGGCGGCGCUUCGGCGGGUCCUGGAGACGCCGGGCGCUCACCAGGCGCCCGCCUGCUACGACGCACUCAGCGCCCGUCUUGUUGAGCGAGCCGGGUUCAGGGCCUGCUUCACGAGCGGCUUCUCAAUCUCUGCUGCACGACUUGGAUUACCGGAUGUUGGUCUCAUCUCUUAUGGGGAAAUGAUUGACCAAGGGCGCCUAAUCACUGAAGCAGUAUCAAUCCCUGUGAUUGGUGAUGCUGACAAUGGUUAUGGAAACUGUAUGAAUGUGAAGAGGACAGUUAGGGGAUUUAUUAAUGCUGGUUUUGCUGGAAUUAUUCUUGAAGAUCAGGUGUCACCAAAAGCAUGUGGACAUACACAAGGAAGGAAGGUUGUCUCGAGGGAGGAAGCAAUUAUGCACAUAAAAGCUGCUGUAGAUGCCAGGAAUGAGAGUGGCUCCGACAUAGUUAUUGUAGCAAGGACAGAUUCUCGUCAAGCUUUGUCUCUCGAUGAAGCAUUGUUGCGAGUACGUGCCUUUGCUGACGCUGGAGCAGAUGUUUUAUUUAUUGAUGCCCUUGCUUCAAGAGAAGAGAUGAAGGCGUUUUGUGCUAUUGCACCUGGAGUUCCAAAAAUGGCCAACAUGUUAGAAGGUGGUGGUAAAACUCCUAUACUGGGCCCUGUUGAACUUGAAGAAAUAGGUUAUAAAAUCAUAGCCUACCCGUUAUCUCUAAUCGGGGUAUCAAUGCGUGCAAUGGAGGAUGCUCUUGUUGCUAUAAAGGGUGGUCGCAUACCUCCUCCAGGCAGCUUACCAUCAUUUGAAGAGAUCAAAGAUACACUGGGGUUUAGCCACUACUAUGAGGAAGAAAACCAAUAUGUUGUGACACCAGCCCAAUCGUACAGGAGUGGUUAUUAUGAUUAUACAAGUGAACCAAGCAGUUCAGGAGAAUCCAAGUCCAGGACUGAAAAGCCACAAGAACCUGUUGUUGACAUAUUGCCUCAGGUAUAUGAUGUUGGUUCCACUGGUGGCAGAGGACCUUCUACUGGGAUGUGGUCACGUACACUGCGGUUAAAGAUUACAGGCAGAGACGGAGUUCAGAAAUUUGAUGCUAGAAUACCUGCCGGAUUCUUAGAAGGGAUGACAAAAAUUAUUCCAGGCUUGGCUGGAGCUAAUAUCAUGGAAAGGCUUCGGAAUGCGCCUAUUGACAUGGAAAACCCCCAGAACGGUCAGAUACUGCUUGAUGUUGAGGACACUGUUGGAGAUAGGAUCCAGGUGUUCAUUGGACUCUGAAUUCUGAUGAAUCUUGGGAGCAGUGAAGGUCAACGGCCGACACAUACCUGAAUUUCGCAAGAUCCCAUUAUUCGGUAUGUUUCUGUAUGUUGCAUACGCAAUAUACCUAAGAUACACUCUUAAAAUACAAA